UGAACGACUCCCUGAUGCGGUUUUUUGAUCACUGCGCCAAGUUUGUGGCCUUGGUGGAAGAGAACGAGGCGGCGAUGUGCCAGGUGGAUGCCUUCAAAGAGGGGCCGGAGAUGAGGAAGGUCUUGGAGAAGGUGGCGAGCGCCUUGUGUUUGCCGGUGGAGGAGCUGAACGCAGAUCUUGUUCAAGUGGCUUUUCUCACCUGCUCGUAUGAGUUGGCUAUAAAAAACGUGACCUCCCCAUGGUGUUCACUCUUCAGUGAAGAAGAUGCCAAGGUACUGGAAUACCUGAAUGACCUGAAGCAGUACUGGAAGAGAGGGUAUGGCUAUGACAUCAAUAGUCGCUCCAGCUGCAUAUUAUUCCAAGAUAUCUUCCAGCAUUUGGAUAAAGCGGUGGAAGAGAGCAAAAGGUAA